ACAAGUUAUGUCGCUCUAUGAUGGAUAACAGAACGACCUAAAACGAUCAUGAUUUGCUCGGAAAACAGUCAGCUCAUCAAAUCAUUGGCAACAGUGGCUGCAAGUUUACCAUUAAGCUGUAGGAGGCGCUUCAAACUCAUUAUCCUCAAGAGUUAUGGUGUAAAUUUCAUCAAACAAACCGGAAUACAAUGACGUUUAUUCGUCAAGAAAAUCACUGUCUCUUACAACAUAUACAUCCCAUCCAUGAUCGCGGAAGCACACCGAGAACAUCUUCUUUAAUAAAUGUCACGAGUGGCGAUAAAAAAGGAUUAGAGGUAUUAGCGCUUAAAUGGAUUUUCGAGGAACAAUAGUCAAGAACAUGUGAACGAUAAGAGUAGCCAUGCAUAUAAAAUAGUUCGUUCGACUGAUAUGAACCUGUGAGAAGCUGUUCUUUAGAUCUCCGCCCACCGUUGUGAUCUGAUAAAUUAAUCCCUUGUUUCUUGCUGAGCUUGAAUAUGUUGUAAAACUCGAAAGAACCAAAUGCAGCCAGGCCAAAGAGAAAUGUUGGUUUGAGCACAUAACCAGUUCCUCGCAAAUACAAACAACAGUGCCUCGCCAGUUCAGUUGAUUAUCGAAACAUCACUGAAUGACUAAACUCAAAUUAAACCUCGCCGACAUCGGGGCGCUCGCUAUUCUAGGUGAACUAAGCCUACUUUAAACAGUGACAAGAUGUUGGUCGUAUGUGUAUGCUACAAAACAUGAUGAAGCAUGAAUAAUUUUAAACCUUACAAAAACCACACAAUCCGUGGGAAAUUUCCAAUAGUACCGCGAUUUUUCCUCGGAUGGACUGACGGUGCAUUGAAAAAAAAGAGAUAACUGGCUUGACAUGAAUCAACGCAACAUUUGAGGUUGAACCACGUAAGAGUCAGGAUCACGAUUGAGUACCCCUACACAAACGAACAAACGCCUUGAGCUGUUUACUGAGAUGCAUCACUCCAAAUUAAAGAGUAUAUCCACACUUUUCGUGGUUUGCUGUCUCAGCACUGUUUGGCAGACUUCAACAGAGCCGCUGCCUCCCUGGAAGCACCUCAAGGCUGGUGUGGAUCAACGGCCCGCCAGAGACAAGCUGAAACUAAAAUUUCCACUUGAACCAACCCGGUAUCCUAGCGAUCCGAUAGAAAGCGACUACGACAUCGAGUCGCUGAAAAGAUCUCUUGGAGAGGACUACGUUCCUGAAUAUAUUGCAUUAACCAGAGAAGAGGUUUUAGAAAAGAAGGGCAAUAGCACACUUUCACAAGAGCAAGAUUUCAUGCGUAAAAUGUUGGUCAAAAGCAUGCCAGAGGAAAUUAAAAAUCUUGACUUUAAAAUGCCUGGUAUGAAAAGAUAUCUUGGACCUAAGGCAAGCAAAAAAUUACAACUUUGGCUGUGGCAAGUUUCGCACUGCUCAGUUUCACAGAAGUGGAAGGAUUUAGGAGUGCGCUAUUGGCCUCAUUUCAUUAACGUCGGGAGGUGCUCUAAGAAGGCAACGUGUUCCUUUCCUUCGGGGAUGAAAUGCCGGGUCUCAAGUACAACGAAAGUCGGAGUUCUUCGUUGGCAUUGCUUGGACAGAUUCGCACAACGAAACGAGACUAGCUGCAUGUGGUUGAAGUUUGAAUAUCCUGUGAUCACCGAAUGUAAAUGCGCCUGUCUCAAAUGAGGACUGAUGGGAGUCAGGAGUAGUCUAAUUAGGGUUCCAACCUGACGUAAAGGAUCACACAUGCGAUCGUAAAAUUAGAGAUUUGAAGUCUUUUAACUUUUAUGGAACGAAUUUAGUCAUAAAAAGGCAGAACUAGAACUUGUCCACUUUGGAAAAAAACUGUUAUCUAAGCUUAUGUUGACAGUUUAGUUCUAUUUUGCGUGGCCUUUUCUUGGAUGAGCAAAAAGCUUGUCUCGUGCAGCCUUGUUGAAUUAGCUGAAUACCAAGGUCAGAAUAAACAAAUUCGCACCUCAUUCAUAGGCUUAGAAUUACACCGUGUCAAGGAACUAAUUAUAUAAUCUGGAAAAUCAUCCUAGCUGUAAUAAGAACUUUUAAAGAGGUUUUCGACCCACAUUCAGGAACAGCGCAGUAGUGCUCUAAUAUAGAUACCUACGAUGAUACAAUCCUCAGUAUUCUGUCAUCCUUUAGAGAACACCUGAAUUUACUUUGCGCUCUGUACCAUCAACGCCUAGAAAACAAGUACUAAUGUCUCCGACACGCGUAGAUCAGUAGCAAGAUAGAGAGAGCCGUUUCCGGCCAAUUUUAAGCCACUAAAUCUAAAAUCAACAAUUUAAAAAACCACUAUUGUUCUGAACCCGGUUCAGAUGUAUUGACCACGGUAAAAAAAUUUUGUGCGAUUGGUCACGAAUCAAGAAGAAAACGGAGCUUUCUCAGAGAGUGAAUCGCCCCAUUGAGGGCACUGUACUCAUUAUGUUAGCAGGAAAACAACAAACUGUUUAAUUUAUUUUUGAAAGCUCAUUUAGUUACGUUAUAGUUUAGAGUGUAACUAUCGCACCAUCGACAUCAGCUGAAAUGUUAGAAACCAUGUAAACGUGAUGUUCAUUAGCACGGUUCUGUAGUGCCCUUGGUCGCGUUUUGUUUACUUCACAAAGUUAUAAAUAUAAUUGAAUUUAUCCAGC